AGACAAAGAGAGAAGGAGACAGCCGCGAGAAAGAGAAACGUGUACCGAUCUGACGAAUUCGGAGGCUGGGCAAACGGCCGGGUAUAAAACAGUUGAUCGCCGGCGGAGUCGGCAUCAGUCACGCUUAACUUCGCUUUCCUGCUCGACACGACCUGCUAACAUGAAGAUCGCUAUCGUUUUCCUCGCCGUGGUGGCCUGCGCUUUGGCGGACGAGAAAUACACCACCAAGUACGACAACAUCGAUCUGGAUCAGAUCCUGAGGAGCGACCGUCUGCUGAACAACUACGUAAACUGCCUGUUGGAGAAGGGAAGCUGCACUCCUGACGGCAAGGAGCUUAAAAAGACCCUGCCGGACGCGCUGGAGAACGCGUGCAGCAAGUGCAGCGAGAAGCAGAAGAAGGGCAGCGAUAAGGUCAUCCAGUAUCUGGUAAAAGAGCGUCCGCAAGUGUGGGAGAGACUGUCGAAGAAGUACGACCCGACCGGCGACUACACGCGCAAGUACAAGGAUGAAGCCAACAAGCGCGGAAUCAAAUUGUAAAUUAUUCGUACUAUAAAUUUCCCUUUCGAGGAUGCCUAAGUGCCACGCUCCAAUCAAACACAAAAGAAAACAUGACAUUUUGCUCACAUUCGAUUCCUUUGAAUUGUACCUAUGUUGAUCUAUUUGGAGAAUAAACGUUGUAUAAAAUAAACCUAA